AUGGCCUUCACCAAACCCCCGCUCGCGACCGCGACCGCAGCAGCAGCGGCACACUUCCUCCACCCGGUCCCGAAGCCCAUAGCCUUCCUCGAGUUCUUUGACGCCGUCCGCGCCGCCACCCCGCCGCGCUUCCCCCACGCCCGCACCGCCCAGCCGCGCCGCAUCGGCCUCGCCGUCUCGGGCGGUGUCGACUCCAUGGCCCUCGCCUUCCUCUUUAACCAGCUGCGCGAGAUCAACCCCCUCAUGCGCGUCGUCGACAACCCGCUGGCAAAGAUCUCGGCCUAUGUCAUCGACCACGGGCUCAGGGAGGGCUCCCGCGAGGAGGCCAUGGCCGUGGUCAAGGAGCUGAGGAACCUGAGGCACAUUAGGCCGCAGUGGGACGCGGUGAAUUGGAAGGCGGAGGGCGUGACGGGCGACCCGAACCUGCUCCCCAAUGUCGAGAGCCUCGCGAGGAGGGUGCGGUACCGCCGCAUCGGGACGCUGUGCCUCGCCAUGCACGUCGAGAGCAUCUUCCUCGCCCACCACCAGGACGACCAGUACGAGACCGUGCUGAUGAGGCUGCUCGCGGGCCACGGGAGCCGCGGGCUCAGGGGCAUGCCCAAGGCCGGCAAUAUACCAGAGUGCUACGACAUGCACGGCGUCUACGAGAGCGGGCACAUUGACGACCAGAUGAUGCGGAUCCCGCAAAUCAGCUUCCGUCCGCCCAAGCGGGAUUGGAGGCUCAUACGGCGCCAGCUCUCCUCGGAGCUCGACCUGGAUUUGUACGGCGCCGAGCUGCGGGCGGGUCUGCAGACGGGGUGGCACGAAGGGCCCUACGUCGGCGAUGAAGAUAGCGGCGACUUGCUUUUUUCUGCCGCGAGUUCAGCUUCGGCCAAGGCGAGGGCGGCAAAGGCGGCGGCGGCGGCGAGGAACAUGACGCGCGUACAAAUCGAGGACGCGGGCGUCAUGAUUUACCGCCCGCUGCUGGAGUUCAGCAAGGACCGGCUCGUCGCGACGUGCGAGGCGAAUAAUAUCCGCUGGUUCGAGGACGCGACGAACAAGGACGCAUCGCUGACGACGCGCAACGCUGUGCGGCACAUGGUGGGGAAUCAUAGCCUGCCGGCGGCGCUGCGCAAGGAGAAUGUGUUGAGGAUGUCGGCGCGGUGCGGUGCGAAGCUCAGGGGUCUGGAGCAGGAGGCCGAUCGAUGGAUACGGAGGCAGGUCGUGGCCGAGUUUGAGCCCAACGUGGGCACGCUCGUCGUCCGGCUUCCCGAUUUAGAUGUUGUUGGCUCGGGCCGAGGGCGCGGGAGGAAGAAUAGGAGGAGAUCGUUGAGCGACGGUGCGCGACGAGAGCUGCGGCUCGCGCAUCGGCGGGCCGUGGCGGGGUUCGUCGUCAAGAGGCUCGUCGCGUUUGUCUCGCCGGACCGGAACCCGCCGCAGCACGCGGCGCUGCAAAACAUUGUCGGCAAACUCUUCCCCGCCCUCGUGGAAGGCUCUCUUGCCCUCCCGCCGUCGUCGUCGUCGUCACACUCCAGCCCCAGGACGGUAGGCAGGGGCAGCCCACCCAAAGCCUUCAACCAAGCCUCGAUCCUGUUUUUGCCCCUCGCGCCCCAGAAAUGGUACCUCGUCCGCGAGCCCUACCCUUCCUUGCACCCGCACCCGGAGACGACGUACACGACAACGUCCAACAUUAACGAAAAGCAGCGCCACCCGACUUUCCCACCGACGCAGUGGUCCUGCGCCGAGGACGCAGAGUUCACCAGCCGCGAGAAGCUCGCGCAGCUGCACCGCCAACCUCUGCCGCAGCCGGCCUUUUCGAAAUCGAGAAGGUGGUAUGCCUGGCGGCGCUUCAAGCUCUGGGACGGGCGGUUCUGGAUCCGGGUGCGGGGCCGGGUGAAGGCGUAUUUUCGAAUCGCGCCGUUUGCGCCGAUUCACGGCAAGGCUUUCCGCGAGGGGCUUGGCGGGGCCGGCGCUGAGCCGGCUGCUGCUGCUGCUGCGGACGAGGAGGAUCCGCAGGAGAGCAGCAACGUGGAGGCGGGGGGGUAUCAAGUUGCUCCCGGGAUCGGUGUCACGGGCGGCCGCGCUAGCAGUAGCAUUAGCGUCAGCGGCGGCGACCGCAGGGCCGAGUUGGAGGGGAUAUUGAAGCGCUUCGCGCCGGGCAAGGUGCGGUAUACGCUGCCGGCGCUGUAUGCCGUCAACCGCGACGAGCAGACGGGGGAGGAGGUGCUGAGGAUGCUCGCGCUGCCGACGCUCGGGGUCGGUCUGCCCGGGCUGGAGAGGUGGGUUCAGUACGAGGUGCGGUACCGCAAGGUCGACCUGGGACUGCUGGAUCGUGAAGCGACGGGUGGCGGCGGCGGCGGCAGUCAUCUGCAACGGCAGCGGGGUGGCGGCAGCGGUGGUGGUGGUGGUGUCGGUGGCGGCGGUAGGAGCAAGAACAAGAGCGGCUUUGUCGGGGCUGCCAUGUUGCGCAGGCGCGUUCUCGCGGAGGGCACGGCGGAGGAGAGGGGGUGGAAGCGCAUCAGCGGGAUUCGGAGGAAGAGGAUGAUGAUGGUGGUGAUGCGGAGAAAGGAGGAUAGACGAGUGAGUUUUGGCUUGAGGUCUGCUUGA